AAUUUAAUCAUUUAAACAAAGAAAGUAAUUCGCCAAAUGGAAUAUAUGUAUAUACACACAUACACGUAUAUUUUAUUGAAUUGAAGAUUAUUAAUGGUAGUAUACUUUGUUAUCACGUAAAAACAAUUCAAGAGGAGGGGUUAUAUAGCUGUUUGCUACUGACAGCUAAUCUGUGUUCCUUAAAGUGAUGUGAUCGCGAGUUAUUUUAUUAUCAGUAAUCUAAAAAAUAAAUAUUAUUAAUAAAAGAAAAAACAGUAUAUAUUAAAACAUUUUCUAGCAUACUUUCCAAGGAUUACAAUGUCGUUUGAACAAUUAAAUGGAAAAUUGUCAUUUAUCACAAAAAAAUUUGCCGAAGUCAGAGAACUACUGGACGAACAUCGAAAAUCUGAUUUAGAGCGCGAACCUUAUAAAUUAAAAUAUGCAGCUAUAGAUCUACUUAAAGAAAUAGAAUUAAAUCUUAAUAAUACCAUAAACAGUGAACAAGAAGAAAAGGAUAAAAAUUUAAUAACACUAUUACUUGCUAUUACUCAUUUAAAUAAAGGGAUACUUCAUGCUGAUACAGAAGAAUUAAAAGUUGCUGAAGAGCAAUUUAUGAAAUGCAUUGAUCUACUGAGGGGUAGAGAAUUGGAACCAGAAGGUGUUUUACCAGUUUUAGCGAGUCUCAAUCAAUUGGGUAUAAUUUGGUCUCAAUGGAAUCAACCAGCAAAAGCUAAAGCAUUUCUUGAUAAAGCAGAACAGAUUUAUAAAGAUUUCACAGAUACAAAAAAUUCUUGUUGUGAUCCUGUUGAUUUGGUAUCAAAUUUUGGUAUUGUAGAUGUUAAAGAAGGUUUAAGUACUAAGCACGUACUAGAAAAAAUACAUAUAUUGACAUUAUAUUAUCUUGCACAAGUAUAUGGAGCUUUGAAAAAUCAUCACAAAUCUGCAGUAUAUUGUCACAUCACAUUGCGCAGGCAAUUAGAACAAAAUGAAGUAAUACAAGACUUAGAUUACAUAGAAUGGGCUCUUAAUGCAGCUACUCUAUCACAGUAUUUUAUGGAAAAUGAAGGUUUUACUCAGGCCAGACAUCAUUUAGCUGUAGCAUAUUACAUAUUGGAAAAAUAUGAAAAUAUGAUGAAAGAAAAAGAAAAUGAAGCAGACAGCGAAAUAGCUGCGGCUGAAUGUGAACGUUUCAAGCACAGAAGUGCUGAUGUAGCUAGAUGCUGGGCUAAAUAUGGGAUAUUAUUGCUUAGUUUAUCAAAACAGCGUCUUAUACAAAAAGCAGAAAAGGAUGAAACUGAUCCCCAUGACACCAGAGACAGUCAAUUGAAUUCUAAGUCAGAAAAAGAUUCAGAAAAAUCUUUUGAUGAUUUAAAAUUUGAUAUUCUGAUAGAUGAUAUCAAACCAUUUGUAAAUCAGAUAACAGAUACAUACCUUUUGGAUUUUAAUGAUGCCAAACCUGUAUUUUUAAAUAUUCAAAAAUGGUUAGAUCAAGCAAAAGCAUAUUAUACUCUAGAUAAUCAUGCAUCAGAUUAUGUAGAAAUUAUACAAGAUAUAUCCCAAGCAUACAAAUAUUUAUCAUUUUUCGAAGAAAAUGAAGAUCGUCAGGCGAAAAUGCAUAAACGUAGAAUAGAUAUCUUGGAAGCUACUGUUAAAGAGUUAAAUCCUCAAUACUACAAAACUGCAUGUAGACAAAUUUGGAUGGAAUUAAGCGAAACAUAUUCCGAUAUUUUAGAUAUUAAGUUGGAUCGUUUACGAAUAAGCGAAGAUAAAACAGACCCUCAUGCUUUAAUGAAAAUCAAUCAUUUGGCUAAAAGUGCUAUUAAAAAUUUUCAAUUAUUUUUAGAUUCCCUAGAGAAUAAUUCUACAGACGCAAGGACGGUAACAUUUCCUCACGAUCUCGUGCAACCUGCGUUAGGUGCCUAUUUUCAGAUGGGAAGAUUGUAUAAUAAAAUCAUAACUCUUGACAAAUCUAUACAAUUGCAGAAUACUCAGAAUAGUAUUAAUGCCUACCGAUUUGUAAUUGAUUAUUGCGAAACUCAUCCCGAAGCUGCGGAGAUAAUGAAACAAGAACUGAAUUUAUGUGAAGAGAUCGUUAAUUUGCUUCCUAUGAAAGUUAAUAAAUUAAAACAAGAAUUAUUGGAACAAUAAAUUCAUUUGAAUAUUUAAGACCAUAUCUAUUAAAUAAAUAAUUCCAUGUGACCAGUAGUCUCGAGAAAAUCGAAUUUGACUGUUUUAUGUAUAUUGAAUAUAUGACGUUUUGUUUUUAAACGCAAUGAAGAGUAUCUAUGCAUAUAUUUGUGAAAUAUGUUUAUAAGUAUAUUAAUGUUAAAAAGGACUAUUAUGUAAUUUUUUGAUGUAAAAUUUACACGAUUUUUUGCUAGAUCAAGCACCUACAAUUAAUCUAUUUUAUUAUGAAGUUCUGAAAUAAAAAAUAAAUGUAAAUCAAUCUAAAAA